ACUUCCCUCUAGCUCUUAUUCUAAUAAUUUCACCGAUCCAAACUUUUCCAAUUUUGGCUUUCUCCUCUCAAAUUUUCACAAUUCCCCAAUACGUUUGACCGAAUUACCCACUUUCUACCUAUUUAUCGUGUCCAUCAAAAUCGCGUCGUCUCAGACGUGUUCAAGUUCCUUAAAAUUAAUCACUUUUUCAUGAUCAAGAUGUCCUCUUUUUGAGUUGGGUAUCUGCAACUUGAGAUUUGAGCGUUGGAUUUUUGUUUUUUUGUUUGGUAGCUUGAGAGAAUGGAGAGCAGUGGGAGAAGGGUUCUGUUGACUGUGAGUGGAGACGAGAUCUCGAGAGGGAUUGCUUAUCAUUUGGCCAAGAGUGGCUGCAGGUUAGUUCUAGCGGGUGAUGAAAGUUGUCUCCGAAGCAUGGCCGAGGAGAUUAUGGGUUCUUUGAAGGGAAUUAAUCGGGUUGAAGUGGUUGGAUUGAAUAUGGAAGAAGAUAAGGAGGCAACAUUCGAUGGGGUUGUGGACAUUGCAUGGAAGCUCUUAGGAUCAUUGGAUGCUUUUGUCAAUUGUUAUGUUUAUGAAGGAAAGAAUCAAGAACCUCUGCAGAUUUCUGAAGAGGAGUACAAAAAGACAGUAAAGAUAAAUGUCAUGGCACCAUGGUUUUUGCUUAAGGCUGUUUCUAAAAGAAUGCGGGAUUUCAAAACUGGAGGAUCUAUUGUGUUCUUGACCUCAAUAUUAGGUGCAGAAAGAGGAUUGUAUCCCGGGGCUGCUGCCUUUGGUUCAUGCAUGGCUUCAAUACAACAAUUAGUUCGAAUAUCAGCAAUGGAGAUGGGGAAGCACAGAAUCCGUGUCAAUGGCAUUUCUCGAGGCCUUCACCUAGGCGAUGUGUACCCAACGGCUAUAGGAAGGGAGAAAGCUGAGAAGCUUACUUCUGAGGUGAUGCCUCUUCAGAGGUGGCUCGAUCCCAAGAAUGACUUGGCUUCCACCGUGCUCUACUUGGUGUCUGAUGACUCCCGCUACAUGACUGGCACAAGCAUCUUUGUGGAUGGAGCUCAAUCGCUUGUGAGGCCUCGAAUGAGAUCGUUCAUGUGAUGCCGAACAGUCAUGUUGGAGCCUGCUAGAAUAAGUUAAACAUUUCCAUUGUUUUUUUUUUGUGAGAAUAAUAUCAUAAGUUUUUAAAUUAUUAGAUGAACAUCACAAACCUUUCGUGAUUAUCCAACAAAAGAGGAGAGUUGCACUAUAUUUAACUGAAUUGAAAAAAAUUGCUUGUGUUUUAAGGAAAAA